UCCACUUGCUUUAGUUUACUCUACUUUACUUUACUUUACAACCUUGACGCUUGACUUGACAACCUUGAAGUUGACAACCUUGACAAUCCAUCAUCCAUCAUCCAUCAUCCAUCAUCCAUCAUCCAUCAUCCAUCAUCCAUCAUCCAUCCAUCAUCCCCACCCACAAAUCCUUAACUCACAAUCAAAAUCCUCGUUCACCUCGUUCGAAUAUAGCCAUGGCACUGUUCAAGGGCUACCCCCUACAAGAAAAGGAUGGGGUUCUUCCCAGCUAUUGGGAUCCUUUAGAUUGGUCGAGAAUCGGAUGAAAAAUAAAUGGAUUAAAAGUGGUAAAAUGGUUAAAAAAUUAAAAAAUAAAAUAAUUGAUGCGGUAAAACAUAUCGUCGCAUCGUUCAGCAGCAUCGGUCAGUCGUUCAGCCAGUCACUACUCGUGGCUACAGUGCAAGCAAUACAUGGUGCACAGCUCGAUAGUCAGUCAAUGCUGACACCACGCAACAAAGUAUUCGCAGUCCUUCACUUCCCAGCAAUUCAUCAAUUCAAUUCAAUCCCUUUGAUCCAUCCAUCCAUCUUCCUGUUCUCUUAUUGUUUGUCAAUUCCUCUUUUGGGUCAUUUUCAAUUUAAUUCUUUUCAAUCUCUUCAUCUGAUUGGACCAAUAAUACUUGAUUAUUCUGCCGAUACGGGUCGCUUUUUACUCUUCAGGGCAAUUUACAACUCCGUUAUUGCAUGAAAAUAGACAAAUCGGCGUCCUUGGUAUUAUGCAUCACCAAGGGGAUUGAUCCGAAAGAAAGUACCACCUCGAUUCAAUAUUGUACAUUGUUCUACCUACCACUUCAACUUCACACCUCAUCCAAUCGCAACGGCGAGAAAAAGCUGGGGACGCAGAGCUCUCAACAUAUGAUAUACAUCAUACCUCGCAUACCAAGUGUUGAAACCAACAUCUCCAACCUAAGGUGAGCGAGCAUUGUGUUGGUAUCCACGUCCUAUGGGGGAGUAUACAUUAGUUUCCUCGUGGCUUUAUAUUGCCUCCGCGGUCUUCACAACAUUCCGAGCAUAGUAUCCUUGAUGCUGGAUUGUAUCGCUAAAGAAGAAACGCUCCUUGCUCCAUAUUUCUUGACAAACACCCUGAAUGGGAAACCCUUGUUGUUGACAGGCCUAUUUUAUUUGUGGCACAUGCUGAUCCGUAUCUCCCCAGCCGAGCGUCGUCGGAUAUCCUCAACCCGUCACUUUUAUGUUGGACGUUCCCUCAUUGUUGACUGUUGAAACUUGAAAGCCCUCAACUUUUUUUUUAUCGACCAACACCGAAACAACAAGGCGUCAUCGUGGCUGCAACGUGCCUCGAUAUAGCCUGUUCAUCAGCCCAAGAUCGAUGAUUGCGUCUUAUGAAGCAGAAGGCAUAAGCACAAUCUCUCUUAACAUAUAGGGUUGGGAUUCCCUUGUAGUCGACGCAUUGUUCGAUAUAUAUCCUCCCCACAGAAUCUCAAUUGAGUUCAUUGACAGCUGUCCAACUCAUCAUUCAAUAUGUUCAGUCUAGGAUCUGCAGGCACGGGCUCAGCGCCAUAUCCCAAUAAUAACGGCCCCUUAUCCAAGAGGAAGAUGUCUAGAAAAGAUAAUGCCCCGCCGACGGAUAAACACUUCAUGUACCCGCCGGUCGAGACCUUCGAGCCAGCGAUUGAUGGACCCCCAUCACCUCAAGGUAUACGCGCAUACACUGAGCAGAUGAGAAGGGGCUCGGCCUUUGUCCCCAAAUCCACUACCCCUUCAUUCACCUCAGCUUCCUCCUUCCGAUCCCGUCAAUCCAGUCUCGAUUCCUCCAACAGAAUCGAAUUGCAACGAAAAUCCUCUGGCAGAUCAAACGGCAGUAGCAUGGCGGCGAAAGAGAGGCCCGAUAGUAUAAACCUUUUCGGAAAAACGAUUUUCUCCCGAAGCAGUAAAAAGUUUAGGCGUAACCAUCCUUCGAUGGGGGGAUCUUCAACAUCACUUGCGAGUGGUGCUGGAGAGAAGGAACGUGGCGACGCAUCUAGCCGCAGUCCACCACCCACCAGUUACCGCGCUCGAAAGAGUACCAUCUCUGGACCAUACAACUUCCAACACAUUACCCACACCCAACAAAAUGAACUACCCGACUUGAGGCAAAUUCCUCCCACGGAAUUGGUCUCCGAAUUCUCUGCUUUACGGGCAUCUCAAGCUCCAACGAAUGGGAAUCUCAAGGGUAUUAGAGCUCGAGAUCUAAUGUUUGAAAAUUUCUCUUCGGUAGCAAUAGACUAUGCACCUGAUGUUGACGCGCCUAAAAGCCCCACAAGCCCCAAGAGUCCUUCGUGCCCUGUUACCCCGCAAAGGCAAACCGCACAUCGGGCGUCUGUAACACCACCGCAAAACAACCCAUGGAGACCUAUUAAUUACUCCAUGUCACAUGAUAAUCUUCGAUCAGUACCUGUACGCCCAUCACGGUCUCCCGAGUCUCCUCGCUGCACGGUUGAUCCACCGGCUCGAACAUCGUCGAGAGCAGCCUCGAGUUUCUUUAACCAUGUCGACCCCUCCACCACACUUGAUUUUGGACCAUCUUUGAAUGCCAACCUCCAGGAAUCAGCACCAUUUGAUUUUACUCCGCAGACACAUCCUUCGCCACCCAAAUGGGAUAGAAGAGAGUCAGACGUAUCUGCCAAGCACCUGUCCCAUGCAGUCACGACUCCCGGCGAGGAGGCAUGGCCUUUAUCUGCACCAUUAAAUGGAAAUUUUGGAGUUGAUCUUGCAGAUGUUCCCGAAGAGGAUGAACAUACUAGGACGCGAUCGAGAGAGUCGAGCACAGAUGGUGAAUUGCGACUUUCAAAAUCGGUCCCAGGUUUGAGGAUGAGAGCACUUGAGCAAGCUCCACAUAUGCCAGAUAUGCCACCGAUUCUGGGAAGACUUGGCUCUGUUGACACCUCAAGAUUUUUGAAACGACCCAGCUCACCCAAGCUCAGCUUAACCACAGAUUCUUGGGAAGACGCGAUCGAUUUUUGUUACAUGGAUGAAGCUGGCGAAGAUUGGGAUUAUGAACCUGAGGAAACAUCUGAGGAGAGCAAACCUAUCAUAGCCCAAGCCCCAACGUCACUCACCCAAGUGGAACAGCCUGCUAUGGAUUUGCAUCUUGAUAACCAACGUCAUGUUUCGCAAGGCCGAUUCCGUCCAUCUUUACUGGUCCCUACACCCUUCGAUCUUCCCGCACUUUCUCCACUGUCAAAUUUGUCGAGCGCAUCGUCAUUUCUACCCACUCCAACCGAUUACUUCCGCACCAAUCAUAUGCGACCCAAUUCCCAUGCAUCUUCGUUCAAAGAGUCGGAUGGGUUCAAUCUCUCCCCAACUCUUCUCAUUCCUUCGGAUGAAUAUCCUCUACAGAGCGAACAAGAUGCUUUGUUCGACACAUAUCACCAUGACAACGUCCCGUCGGCGUCUAUUUACCCUAUGGAUACUUAUGAGCAACCUUCUUCACCAAUAGACGAAAGUCUUUCCAGUAACACCUCUUACCGGUCCUCGGUUUAUUCACAUAAUAGUCUCAGAAGUAGCACUAUUAGCAGCCGCUACAAUCGAUCCAGUCAAGAUUCAGCUCUCCUAAUUUUCCAGGCAGGAAGCAUGAGUAAAGCUCAUAGAAGUAUUGGAUCUGCAUCUUCUUUGCCUGAUCUUGUCCCUUCCCUUCGCCCAAAACGUGACAGCAGAACACUUGGUGCACUCGCUACGACAACAUCUGAUCCGGAACUCGUAACAAACGUUUCUGGCCUAAAAUUUUAUGAGGACCAAUCUUCCUCCGAAGUUUCUGAGCUUCAGAAUCUUCCGGUCAACCACGUACGCAAGCCAAACAAAAACCCUAGUCAUUUUGCUCCACCUCCACCCACCAUUUCUACAGCGGUUCCAGAUGCAGCGUCUAGCAUCCUUAGCCCUGUAGCUGAGAGCUUUACCGAUUCGCCUCCUGCUAGACCACGCCUGAGAUCUGCUCUUUCUCGCGAGCUAUAUGCUCCUGCUUCGGUUGAGUCCUUCAUUUCGAACCACGGACGAAAGGUCUCUGCGCCUAUCAUCACCGACAAAAAUUUCCAAGAUAUGGGACCUAGAUCAAGAUCCAACACAUUAUCUAAUACCGCCGCGGCUGGCAAGCGCAGAGGAAGCUAUAAUCUUUUCCCCGCCCCUCCCACAACUACCUCCAAAUAAAUUCUGCUUUUUAAAGUAUGAUAUUGAUUUUUAUACUACACACAUAUUGUGUAAUUGUACAUUCAUGUACCAAAUUAUUUUUACCACCACCUGCACAUCCGCAAUUUUCCUUACUCAAACUUUCCGCUCUCUUAGAGCACCUCACUAUGACGAGCUAUGCUGUCACGACUCGAAUUUCCUAUGUUCUCUUCUUCCAAAAUCAAACCAAAAGAAAACAAAAGUUUCAAUUGUUUACUUAUAUUCAGAGAUGGAAAAGUAAGAGGGUGGAUUUCUGUAUCAUUAUUCGUGCAAUCGUUUGCGUUCGCAUUCCUUUCACUUGCAUUAUUGGUAGUUUUGCGAUCUGGAUCAUCUAGUAUCCAAUCACACGCGCUAUGAUGGGGUGGAUUUUUCUUUUUGUUUUUUGAUAUUUUUUCCUGCAGAACUUAGAUGAAGGGUUGCAAGCGGGGUUGCAUCGCUCAAUCUCUUGUUCAUGAGCGAUUAUGUAUUACGAUAUGAUGGAUUUGUUUCGACUGGUUCGGUCACAUAGCUCGCUAUCUACCUACCCAGUCACUUGUACCGAUUUUCUUUUUCUUUUUGUAUUUUUUUGAUCGAAUCUGUAUGCACUGCGGGUGCUAGCGGAUUUUGACUUUCUGGAGAAAAAGCUUAUAGAAGGAUGGGAAAUGGGGUUAGGGUUGUACGUAUGGGAUUGACAGAAUUUUUGUUUCAUUAUUUUUUUCUUGCUUACCUGAGGUAUUUGUAUUUCUGUGGUGUUGUUGGUUUGUGCUAGCCGCGUGCUUGUGUAUUUGCCUCGUUUUCUGGAUUGGAGGUUUGGAUCGGAUUGUAUUGGUAUGGAUGGGGAUGGUAUGGUAUGGUGGUUCAAGGGCCUGGCUGCAUACAUUUGGAUGGAUGGAUGGUAGUAUUCGCGUGGGAGACGGUAAAUACUUAUAUUACAGUACAGUAUCAGUAUCUUUUGGUAUUUGGCACCUGAUGAUUGGGAUACGGAGAUGUUGGGUGCACUGCGUGUCUGUGUGAAAGCAAUGGAGAGAUGUAGUUCUUGUGUAUGAGGAGACGGAGAGAAGAAUACAUACAUACAUACUCGAGAGUAGUUAGUUCUAGAUGCCAAGCGCAAGAUGCUUAGUUU